UUCCGGCCGCCCUGGCGGUCAAAGCGCGCACUUCUCAGCCGCUCCCGCGGACGACACGCACAAGGAUGGCUACUAGCGAAGGCGGUGCAGGCAGUGAACGCCGAACAAAAAAAAAAGGAGGCCGACGGUACUGCAGCGUAUAUAAGUGUCAUAACUAUGUAGGAAUGAGAGGUGAUAUAUCUUUCUACGUCUUUCCUGCGAAACCAUACGAGCAAGAACGGAGGCAACGUUGGAUACAAGCUGUCAGGCGAGCGGGUGAAGACGGCCAGGUAUGGGAGCCAGGACCAAACAGCAGAGUCUGUAGUCAACAUUUCGUGGGAAACAAGAUGAGCAAUAUUAUGCACCAUCCGGCAUAUGUGCCAACAAUUUUCCCGUCGGAAUAUUACCGCCAAGCUCCUGCUGACUCCACCGCGUCCGGUGAACGCUUCGAUAGGUGGGCAGAACGCCAUCGACGCAGCGCGGACUCAUCAAUGAAUGCUUUUCAGUCACUACAACCAGCCACGAAUGCAAACACACAGCCAGAAAAUGACGAGGGCCAGGAUGUUUGCUCCCAGAGCCACUGUGGUGUUGACUCACAUGAUAAUGCAAGCUUAUUUCCAUUCAUUGGAAUACAAAUUACAUUGUGUAGUAUCUCCUUAUCUGCGUGAACUAGUGUGUAAAGUGUUUUUAUCUCCCUUAUGCAGGCAGAACAUGAACCUGCUGUGAACAACUGUAAUCAGGAGCAGUCUGUUCAAGAAGUACAUCUACACAGUGUAAAUGGCCUUGGCGUUGAAGAAACUGAUCUCAAGCGACUGGACCUGACAAACGAGCAACCUUGCCAGAAUGCACCGGCCACACCUGCAAUUUCGUCGUCACAGAUGUGCCCGCUCGUUCAUCGUGCUGUAGGACAGGAUACAAGAUCUUGUUUCUUUGGGGGUUAUGAUACACUUUCUCACACACCUGGUGCAAUAACAGCGUUAUGUGGGGUUGAAGAAAAUGUGUUUUCUCUCCUGCUAACCAUGCUGCCUCAGACAAGGGAUAAAGGGAGCGAUGUCAGUGUCCCAAACAAGCUUGCGAUUUUUCUUGUCAAGAUGAAGCACGGUAUGCCAUUUAGUGCCAUAGCCGUACUGUUCUCAAUUCAUGAGACGACUGCGUCAAGGAUUUUCCACAGUGUCUUGGGCACACUGGCACACGCCACAAGAAAGUGGAUCUAUAAGCCACAUUUGCGUGUCAUUCACGACACAAUGCCGGAGUGCUUUAAGCUCAGUUACCCAGAAUGCACUCUCAUUGUUGACUGCACGGAGGUGCGAACCGAAACACCAUCAGAUGUGAGGCAGCAACAUGUUUUGUACUCCUCCUACAAGAAUGGCUUUACUCUAAAAUUUUUAGUAGCCAUAGCUCCCUCUGGCUUGAUAGUUUACAAGUCGAAGUCAUAUGGAGGUCGCUGCUCAGAUGCACACAUAGUCCUAGACUCAAACUUCCUUGAUAUAAUUGAAGAGAGGGAUGUGAUCCUCGCUGACAAGGGAUUUCCGGGCAUACGAGCAGGUGUAGCAGGGAAAAGUGCAGUGCUGGUAAUGCCACCCUUUUCGACAGGCAACCAGCCAUUUUCUAGAGAAGAGCUGCAGCAAACACAUCACAUUGCUCAAGUCCGCAUUCAUGUUGAGCGCAUGAUACAAAGAAUAAAGACACAUGGAGUUUUGCAGCACCGCAUACCAAUAACCUUAAUCCCUGCGAUGAGCAGCAUAUUUCACAUGUGUUGCGUAUUGGCAAAUCUACAGGCUCCCAUCAUUCAAUCCAAGGAAAAACAAACUCGCUAA